GUAUUGCCAACGCAUCUUCUCGAGACGGCUUGCUGAAGGCUGUAUGUCCUGGAGACCAUGAACGAGUACAUUCAAUCACUGUUGGAGGGGAGGAUCGAUUUCGAGGGCCAGAAGGUUGUUGAGAAGCUUGCCCGACUUACGUUAAUUGCAGUCACAGCCGUUUCUUUCAUUCUGGGCUUCGCGCUCCAGUCACUUCGUGUUACGUUUACCUUGUUAGGUGCUUCCGUCAUCUUGCUUUCUCUGGUGGUCCUUCCUCCGUGGGGAGCUUAUAAUCGUCACCCUGUAAAGUGGUUGCCUCCAAUUGAGAAGAAACCGGCGGCCAUCUCAUAAUGAUACGUUGUGGUUUCCUUUCGUGUUUGCAAAGCUACCAUUUGUGCACAUCAUCCUCUGCGUGCUCUGCAUGAGUUAUCUUUCAGUCACCUGGACUCUUUAGGACCCCCUAUUAUGAGUAGGAUACGAACUUUGCUCAGUUUGCUUUCAAUGUUGUCCGUCGAACGGGUUCGGAAUGACGGUCCAGAUUGGAGCAAUUCUCAUUGAUCUUCAACCCUAUCAACUCUAAUAUAUCGAUUACCUUCUC